CGGCCAGCAGAGGUCACUAGAGGUACGUGUUUUGUGGUUUCUUGUCAUGAAACUCCACGCAAAACCAACUGAAGUCCUCCACGUUGUAGACACGGGAUGCCGCUCUAUCCUGCUCCGCUUGCUCUCUAUUGUAGGCGUGUGAGUGUUUGUGAUGGCGGCGCCCGCUCUGCAGCUGUAUCCUUCCACAUGGUGUAAAGAUUGGGGGAGGGACACUAGUGCUGCCAGCCACCUACAUGUGCCCUUCCCCUGCCCCAGAGAAGCCCAGAUUGCCCACGACUCGCUGAGCCCCGAUGCAGAACCAAGAAAGGGAGGUGUGAGCAAGACUCUGAGCGUCACAGACAACGUCCUCCAUGUACAUUGGCGCGCGGAUGAAGCCCGUAUCCUCCGGGUCUCUGUUAGCUCUUUCCUGGAUCAUCUCUCCCUCGUGGUGCAGACAAUGGACAGAUUCGGACCUGCGCUCCCAGACUCCUCCUGAUCCUCUACAGACUGGAUGAUAUUCUUUUUUUCGGAUAGGUAA